CUAUAGAUAGUUAUUAUUCAAGACUUGAAGAUCUGAAUGUAACUUUGAUUACUAAUCAAAAUAUGGAUGAUUAUUCUGGAUCUGAAUAUCCUAAAGAAACUAUGAUUAUAGAUCAAAAUACGGAUGAUUAUA